CUUCGGUGACUAUAUAAGCAGAUAGGCUAUUCACUUAUAUCCAUUUAGUGAUUCAGCCUCUCUAGAGAGCCUGAAGUGGCGAAUACUUCUACGUAUUAUAUACGUCCCUAAAUGCUCCAAAUGAUUAUGGAUAAGCACCCAUAUAGUUCGAGAGUAAAUACAAAUUUUGAAAAUCAGUAAAAUUUUAGAGAAUUUAUCACUUUAUUCCAACCCAUUGCUUAGGAAAGAAGGUUCGGAUUGGACUUGUACCCUGAAUACAGCUUUGACGAGAACGAUUGAGGUGUCAUCGGGUUGGUACUAUACUGUACAGAAGGGUCAAUAUCUCCGUUAAUAGUGCACUUCUUAUACUUCUGGUUAAGAUUCGGCUUUCUAAAUGUCAAAACGAUGUCCUCAUUUAAAGCAAGUUUGGAGUUUUUAGCCUUAAGUUUAUUCCUCUUCAUCUCAGCUCUUCUGACAGAGUCCCGGUAGAGGUCAAUGUAGACAUUAUCUUUGUUCCUAAUUUUGCCUAAGAGCUCUUUGUUGUACUUGGAUGUCUCAAGUUGAGGCUUAAAUCUAAUUUCGCUUCCUCUUUCGCUAUCGAUUUCCUUUUUCUUAAGCUCCUUAUUUUCCUUAAAUUUAUCGGCAUAUUGGUACAGCCUAGAGCUUAGCUCUUUGAUGCCAGCAGGCUCAUUAGUCUCAGACUCAGCCUUGAGAUUAGCGGUACUCUGGCUCUUCCGAAAGAGGCUAGACUGAGUGGGCUUUGCAACCAAUUUUGGCUUGAAAGUUCACUUAGAAAUUUCUUCCAGCUUUUUGUGUUCAGAAGCAAUUCUUUUCUUAGCUUGUAUUUUCUCCAUUUCUUUAUGCAUACGAGUAACCAUUUGCUUGUGGUCGUGAUGGUCAUCAUAUCUAGGCUUCCAGACACUAUCGUAAUUGAUAGAAGGAUGGAAUGAGAACUGGGAUUGGCCUCCACGAGAUACAGAAGAAGCUGCUGAAAAUGACCCCUUGUUUGAUAAUAACUUGCUUCUAAGUCUAUAAUGUUUCAUCUCAGUAUUCACCGAGCCUCUUUGGUCUAUUCCAAAGUUCCUCCUCCUAUUCUUGUUUUUCACCUGAGUCUCAAGCAAUUGGUUUGGCUUUUCUCUACUAGAGAGUAAGCCAUUCUCAAGAUAGGACUCGUCUUCUCAAUCUGACUUGAAUGGAGACUUCUCUAUGGAAAAUGGCUGGAUGUCUUCACCCAUUGCCUAAAUCUAAGUUAUUAUAAUUACCAUUUGUUUUCUCUUUCUUUGUAUACUUUUCUUUUUCCUCUCGAUCCUCUUUCGUUCUUGUUUCUCAAACUUCUCAAUUUUGGAUAGAGCCUCCCGAAGAUCCAUCUGAAGAGUAGCCAUGGAAGCUUCCAUAACAAUUCUAGCUUCUUUCUCAUUCUGUAGCUGCUUUUUCAGCUCAUCCUGAGCUUUUAACUCAGAAUUUUGCUUAAGAAUGCUGAAAGCAGAGAAUUUCUGAAGAUCAAAGGAUUUUAUAAGAGUCUUAGCCAAAAUUUGAGCACUAAGCUUUGCUUCCCUUUGUUUCAUAUCCUCCAUUUCCUGGUGCUUGUCAACCCAUCUGUCAAGGAUACCUGAGGUAACCUCCUCAGCUCGCUCUUCGAAGAAGUCAAUGAGGAUAUCCUUAGUAAAGCUGAGGAACAAAUCCUCUGUAUUUUCUUCAGAAAGUUGCUCAUUUUCUUCUGCUUCCUUCAGAAGAAGAGCAUACCUUCUUCUAAGGAUGAAGAUUUCUCCUUUCUGGUUAGAUGGAGAGAUUAGGCCGAAGUCUCACAUAAAGUCAAUGAAUCUGUUUAUUAAGUCUUCCAUGUUAGUGAUAGGU